AUGAAAAAUGACUACAAAAGGAGCAGGAAGGCAGAAGAUGCCACAGAAACGUGUCUGGGCCUAUUGAAAGAGAUUGAUUACAGUUGCAAUUAUACUUGUAUUAAUGGUUUCUGGCUGUGUUUGGUAAACAUCGGUUUUAUUUUGUCUCUGCAGGACACUGGUGUUGGAAAGUCGAGUAUUGUUUGGAGAUUCGUGGAAGACAGCUUCGACCCGAACAUCAACCCAACAAUUGGGGCAUCCUUCAUGACCAAGACAGUGCAAUACCAAAACGAGUUGCACAAGUUCCUGAUCUGGGACACAGCAGGACAGGAGCGGUUUCGUGCUCUAGCACCGAUGUACUACAGAGGUUCAGCUGCGGCUAUCAUUGUUUAUGACAUCACAAAAGAGGAAUCCUUCCAAACACUGAAGAACUGGGUGAAGGAGCUGCGCCAGCAUGGUCCUCCCAAUAUAGUGGUCGCGAUCGCUGGCAACAAAUGUGACCUUUCAGACGCCAGGGAAGUGCCAGAGAAGGAUGCCAAGGACUAUGCUGACUCCAUCCAUGCCAUCUUUGUAGAAACCAGUGCCAAGAAUGCCAUUAACAUCAACGAGGUGUUUAUAGAGAUAAGUAAGCGCAUCCCCGUUGUAGACGCAGCAGGGGCAACUUCAGGAAAAGGUUUCAAACUGGGACGGCAGGCCUCAGAGUCUCGCAGGACAUGCUGCUGAUGAUGCCGGUGACUGUCCCCACGUGACCUGUGACCUGACCUUCGUUUACCCUCGGCCUGCUUCAGCUUACAGCCACCACACACCCUCAAACACCCAGCUAUCACUGACACCAGGAUGCAGCAUUGCCAAACAGAUGGCCGCAGCGAAUGCGUUUUUUGCGGCACUCAACAACAGCAAAUCGUCAUGUAUCGUAUGAAAAUUGCUGGCAGGAGAAAUACUUUACAGGUUUACUGAGCGUUGCUUUAAUACAUUGAUGUGUAACUGAAGGACCCCCAUACAUAUAAUUUACUGGCUUCCAUUAUGGACAUCAACCUCUGUUUGGUGUAUUAUAGCCCCGAGGUUGAUCAGAGGAAGUACACAGAAACAGAUUCAUGGAUUCAGAAGUAAUUUGUACUUGUAAAUUUGUACAAAUCUAUUAUCUUUCAACCAAAACAUGGACUGAAAAUGGUUCAAUUUCACCAAAUUAUUUUGAUAGUACUUAAGUUAUUGCCUUUUGUUUGUUUGGGAGAUCUCUCCCCAAACAUUCUCAACUUUGUGAAGGAUCCAUCUGUACAGUUAAUGUGUGUAAUCACUAAUUUAUCAUACGAUUUUGAUGAAAGAGGUUCUGGUAGACAUCAGUACCGAUCUCUCAUUUCCAUUUUUUGCUUUUUGGAAGGAUAUUUGGAGGGAUGUCGGUGAUUCACAGUCUAGCACGUUUAAUUUGCAUUUUUAUUUGUGAUUGCUGUUUUUCACAUUGCUUUUCAAGGCAAAAUACCAAGUGGAUGUUUUGAGGUAAAUUGCAGUCACACGGUUAAAAAUGCAGAAAUGAAAGGUGUGUGUGUGGGAGCUCACUUCCACGCAGUGAAAGAAUAGUUUGACAUUUUGGGAAAUAUGCUUAUUCAUGUUCUAGCCUAGGGUAAUAUGAGAAUAUCAAUACUAAUAUAUGUAUGGUAAAUAUAUGUAGCGGGAAACAAGAGAGAAGUAGCUAGCUUUGCUCUGUUCAAAGGUAACAAAAUCCACCUUCCAGUACAUCUAGAGCUCAGUAAUUAACACAUUAUAUCUUGUUUGUUUAAUCCAUACGGAAAACUAAGUGUGAAGACAACAAUUUGCUGUUUUACUGGGAGUUAAAUGCCACAAUAUUUCUUGGCUCUGAGCAGCUGCCGUACAACCUGCGGAGACUCCAAGAUGUUACUGGUCUCAGCCAAGAAAGAGUCCGGCAAAUAAACCCCUUGUAAAAUAUCAAAUUGUUGUUUUUAUACUUAGAUUUGUAUACUGAUUAAACAUUCGAGAGCGAGCCCGGUGUUUACCCCUGCUUCCGUUCUAAAUUAUGUCCCUUAUAUUUAAUGGAGAAAUAUCUGAAUGGUAUCAUUCUUCUAAUCUAACCCUAAGAAAGCAAAUAAGUGUAUUUCCCGAAACAAACUAUUCUUUAAAUUGUGCACUUUGUUUAUUCUUCUGCGACAUGAACAGUUGUACAGUCCACAUCUCCCACUGAUGGAGCUUUAAUCAGGGCUGAAGAUGCUGAGUCUUUAAGCUUAUUAUUAUAAGAUAACAGUCCCAGAUGCGUGUUACAGAUGUGUUACACUUUUACUGAAAAGGUGUUAACUCAGUCCUGAAUAUGAAGUUCCCCCUAGUGCACACAGUGUACUGCCAGCUGUCUCACAACAUUACUUUAGCUUUAUUUUUCUCUAAUCUAAUUUUCCUCAAGCCUUUGCUGCUACUUUACAGCAGUUUUAUGAUAUAUGUGAGGUCUUGCCAAAUUCUUUAAUUGUCCCGUAAACAUUUUUCAUCUUUAGAUUGUUUUUUUGUUUUUUUUAAAUCAGCACUGGCUCGCACACGCAGUGUUGUUUUACUACCUGGCCUGCGAUGAAAACAAUGAGAUCUGGAAACUAAAGAUCGUUUAGAGGAAACUCAGAUUUUAGAGUUCAGAUUUCCCCUUUGCGGAACGUUAUAGGUGCCGAAUUAGACGUGGCACUGUGUCGACAUGCUGACCUCUUAAUGAACCUUAGUCUCCAUUCUGCUCUGAAUUACUGUUCGUGCUUUCUUCCAAGGUCUGCCUUCUGAUUUUCCUUUCUCCCAACCCCUUCUUUUGACUCAUUCCU